CCCCAAUAACCAAAUGCAGAAAAAGCAACCUGUGAGUGGAAAAGGACAAGUAUCUGAAGAAUUACUUGGUCCUCGAACACAGCCUCAAAAAAUACCAGAGAGACCAAGUAAAAAGGGUCGCUACGUUGCACCAAAAAGGACUUCAAUAAUCAACAACUUUUUUAAGUUACUCAACAUGUGGCCAAAAACAACAACAAUCCACUUUGAGGCCAGCAAUGAUUUAUUUGGGGUUGAAAACGACUCGAUAUGGCUUCCAACAAUUGACAUCAAGGAAUUGUGCCAAAUGGGAUUUUUAGGAGCCCAACCUAUUGCAAUCUGGUGCAAGUAUGAUAUCCAAUUCUUAUUAAACUUGAAAAUUUGUUUUGAGAGCUUGUUAUUAAUUGUGUGUUUUUAACAGGUUUUUGAAGGAACGGUUGCUAGAUGUUAAUGGAUUAAGAAGACUAUAUGCAUUUUUAAAUCCUGGGGCCAUUGCCUCUGAUGCUGGGGAUUAUAAUGCCCGUUCUCGAGCACUGCGCAAACGUAUUCUUGAAAUUGAUAAUCCGGCUAAAUGGAUUAUUGCCCCCUAUAACAAUUAGUAAGUAAAUUUAAAAUUUAUAGUUUCAUAAUUUAUAACUCUACAUAAUUUAUGGUUAAUCUAACAUGUUUGUUUGUGUAGUAAUAUGUAUCAUUGGAUGGUUGUACUUAUCCAACCAAGUACACAUACAGUAGCGUACUUGGAUUCCAACAAUGGAUAUGUACCAGAAGAUUUAAAAUACAUUGUUAACACGUCGCUCAACAUAGUUAAUAAAAGCUUAACUAAUCGCAAUGAUCGUCCCAUUGAGUGGAUAACUCCGAUAUGUCCACAACAACCAGACGGGAAGCAAUGUGGAUAUUAUGUCAUGAAAUUUAUUGAGAGUUUCAUGAACGAAGAAGAUCCAAUACGCCGAGUGAGAGAAAUGGGUAAGAGCGAUCCGUACUCAAAUGACGAGAUGAAUAUUUUGCGUGAUCAGUGGAUUGAAUAUGUUCGAGCACAAGCAGUGCGACAAGGGCUUUUACAAUGAUCAGUUUCUAUUUUUGUUUAUACUUUAUCCUAACUAAUUAGUGACAAUAUACAGUAAAAAUUAAUUAAUGUAGGGAAAAUUUUACUAUGUAAAACAGGAUCUGUUUAACUUUCACUAAUGACAAUAUAUAUACUUUAUCCUAA